AUGUCUCAGCAGAACGCCAACUUACCCAGCAGUUUGAAUGAAGCAGUGUUGAAGGCUUCGGAACCGUUAUCUGACGAUUAUGUGAAGGUUCAAGGCAUUGACUAUUCCAAGGCUGAAGCCAAAGACAUGAGAGCUUCUGAUCUCGUUAAGUCCAUGCGCACUAUGGGCUUCCAAGCCAGCACACUUGGACAAGGUUGUGAAAUUAUUAACGAGAUGAGAUCUUGGAGAGGAAAGCACCGCGAUGAGCUAGAAGAGCACGACAGAAAGGGCUCGUUUGACGAACAAGGUAGACAGAAAACCACAAUUUUCUUGGGAUACACUUCAAACUUGAUCAGUUCUGGAUUGCGUGAGACCAUUCGUCAUCUUGUGCAGCACAAGCAGGUCGAUGCUAUCGUUGCAAGCGCUGGUGGGAUUGAAGAGGAUCUCAUCAAAUGUCUUGCACCUACCUACCUUGGAGAUUUCACUUUGAAAGGAUCGUCUCUGCGUGACAAAGGACUCAACCGUAUUGGUAACCUCUUGGUCCCUAAUGACAACUACUGCAAGUUCGAAGAAUGGAUUGUGCCCAUUUUGGACAAGAUGUUGGACGAACAAGAAGAAUACGUUAAGGAGCACAAGUCAGAAUGUUUGGAUGCCAAUUCGGACGUUGAAUCUCCAAUCUGGACUCCUUCAAAGCUGAUCAACAGAUUAGGAAAGGAGAUUAAUGACGAGUCGUCGGUUCUUUACUGGGCGUACAAAAACCAAAUUCCUAUUUUCUGUCCUGCUAUAACGGAUGGUUCGAUCGGAGACAUGCUUUUCUUCCACACGUUCAAAUCUUCCCCACGUCAGCUGCGCGUAGACAUUGUCGCGGACAUCCGUAGAAUUAACAGCUUAUCCAUGGAAGCGUCCAAGGCAGGUAUGCUUCUAUUGGGAGGUGGUUUGAUCAAACACCACAUUGCAAACGCGUGUCUGAUGCGCAACGGUGCGGAUUAUGCCGUCUAUAUCAAUACAGGUCAAGAAUUUGACGGUUCUGACGCCGGAGCCAGACCGGACGAAGCCAUCUCCUGGGGUAAGAUUAAAGCUGAGGCCAAGAGUGUCAAGAUCUAUGCGGAUGCGACUGUGGUCUUCCCACUUAUUGUGGCUGCUACCUUUGCCAGCGGCAAAUGA